AAUUAUAUUGUUGAAAUCAAAAUUUUAUAAUUAAAGAUCUUAUAAAUUUUAUGUCUGGAAGAAACAAAUCAAAUAAUUACUAGUUAUCUUACUCAUUUUUUUCAAAUAUUUGAUAAAAUAUAACAACGUUCAUUUAUAUAUAUACGUUACUAUAUAAACAUGAUUGUUAUAAAUUUUUUUUCUCCUUUUUUUUGAACUAUAUUGAGAUUUAACUUAUAAUACUGAUACGAUAUAAAACUGAUUUGAUUUGAAAAACUGAAACCAUGCAUGAAUAUAACGCGCGCACCCUUUUCUUAAUACACACUCUUGACUGGCGUAGUUAGUGGUAAAGCGGUAAUAAGCAAAUAGAAGACCCCGCGUGGGCGAAUUACGUCAUACGCCCACCUGUAGCCGCUCACAUAUAUACAUCAUAUAUGUAGAGAUUCAAAAUGCUAUAAUAUAUACUGGGUGUGCGUUCAAAUACAUCCUUCUUAUUUUCCGUAGUAAGAUCAAAUUCUUUUUUGAAUCUUUCCUAUUUGCGCGAUAAAAAAUGUAUUAUAAGAGAAAAGAAACUGGUUUAAGAAAUUAAAAUCAAAAAUAUAACAACUAUAUCUAAGAGUUCAUCAUAAAAUUUAACUCGUACAUCUUUUUGAUUUUUUAGAUUAUUUAUUCAUAUUUAAUAUAAAUCUUUACCUGUUAAAACUGGUCGGUCUAAUUUAUUUGAAAUUUUAACAAAUAAUACUUGUCUAAAUUUCAAUUUUUGUUUUCUAUCAAUAGAUAGUAUUUAAAAAGAUAUUCUAGCAUUUAACGAUGAAGAAUUAGCCACGCCGUAGGUGGUGCAAUAUUGAGGGGUGGAAGGUGGCGCCGACCGCACCCCGAAGUCGCGACGACAGUCUUCCAGCGUGGCUCAACAAGUACACGCGGUACUCGAACAACGAUUCAAAUUGUUAAAGAUCCCUUAAUAAAAUAUAAGUUGCUUCGUAUAAUGAGAUCUAAAGUAACGGGUGAAAGUAAUUGGGAAGCAAAGUGGACUCGACAAGGAGUACAAGAUAGUGGUACAGUACAUCGACCAUCAAGAAAAACAGAAAAAUUUAAAUUAUCAAAGUCUCCACGAGCGUCUACGUCUAAAGAAAGGACACUUCGUAGAUUAGAAAGUAAUGAAAGAGAAAGAAUGAGAAUGCAUAGUUUGAAUGAUGCGUUUCAGUCUCUACGUGAAGUAAUUCCACAUGUUACUAAGGAAAGACGUCUUUCAAAAAUAGAAACUCUAACAUUGGCUAAAAAUUAUAUAGUUGCUCUUACUGAUAUAAUAUGUGCAAUAAGAAAUGACGAAACCUCAACAAAUCAAAAAGUUGAAAUUUCGGAACCCCGAGAACCACAGUGUAACAAAAACAUUUGUAUGGACAUAAAUACACCAGCUUCAUCAAGAUCUUGCAGUCCAGAAGUUUAAAGUUUUUAUUAAAAGAAAGCAAAUUUUAAUGGAUUAGAAUGGAAAAAUAAUGAAACCAAAGCUACAAGUCUGUGAAAUAUUAACAAUGUAGAUUUAAAGUGAAUGUCAAACUUCCAAAAAUCAUUUUGCAUAAUCAUAUUUAUAUUCUUGUCAAGAUGACAAUGACAUCUUGACAUAAAAAACUAGUGCUAAUAUUUGCAUAAAAGAUACUCAUUUACUUGUUUUAAAUUAGCUAACUAUAUAUAGAUAUUGACAAAAAUAAUAUUUACAUUCCUCAUAUCUAUCAGUAUUAUCUUUUGCAAUCUUAGUAUCAUUAUUUAUUACAUGCUCAUUAUUACAUAGUGUAACAUAUACUGAAAUAGUACAAAGCACUUAGCAUUUGUCUGUUAAUAAAUAAAGUAAAUCAAGAUAUUACAAAACUAGAGAUAUCUGUGUUUCUGCUAGAAUGUAUAGAUGUUUAAUAUAUAAAUUUAUUCUUGCAUGAAAAUAUUAUA